UCUGCUCUUCUAAAAGCCUCAUUUGCCUUCAUACAGAAGGGAAGGGCGCCGCUGGGUUUUACCGGGGUGCAGUGUUUCAUUGGCAGCGCCGCGGGGAGCUAAUACGCCCCGGCGGAAGGAGCUCGGAUGUGCUCAGCCGUAGUCACGCGUGUCUGGGUUCAGCACCCUGGAGAGCUCCCGUUUCCAGCCGGCUCCCUGCGCCCAGCGAUGCUGCAGCCCGGUCCCUGCAGCGUCACCUCCGCCUGGCUCAGCGGCAAAGAUGGCUGAUUUCUUGGAAGACUGGGGCCCCGGGCUCGGGCUCUGCUCACCACAAUCAGAGCCAGUCUGCACUCACCCCACCCACCAACAGGAUGUUGGUACUGUUCCAGAGCUUGCAGCUGAUGCACCAUCUGAAGGUGCUGAUCAUCCUGCUGUACACAGCCAUGGUGGUGGUGGGCAUGGUGGGGAACUGCUUGCUGGUGCAUGUCAUGGUGUGGGUGAAGAAGAUGCACAACGUCACCAACUUCCUGAUCGGGAACAUGGCCCUGUCAGAUGUGGCCAUGUGCACCACUUGCAUCCCACUCACCUUGGCCUAUGUCUUUGAGCCCUGUGGCUGGAUCUUCAGCAGCGCCAUGUGCUACUUCGUCUUCUUCAUGCAGCCUGUCACCGUCUACGUGUCUGUCUUCACCCUGGCCACCGUUGCCGUGGACCGCUACAUAGUCAUUGUGCAUCCACUGCGGCGCCGCAUCUCACUGCACCGGGGUGUCUAUGUGGUGCUCUUCAUCUGGAUCUUCUGUUGCUACCUGGCACUGCCAGCCAUGGCCCACACCUACUACGUGGAACUCUGCCAGCAGGAGCUCACCCUGUGCGAGGAAUUCUGGGGGGAACAAGAGCACCAUCAGCAGACCUAUGUGCUCUUCCUGCUGCUUAUCAUCUAUCUCUGCACCCUGCUAGCCAUCCUGGUCUCCUACACCAAGAUCUCCCUCAAGCUCAAGAAGAGGGUCAUGCCUGGUACCAUCACUCAGAGUCAGGCCAACUGGGACAGACCCAGGCGCAAGAGGACCUUCUGCCUGCUGGUUAUGGUGGUGGUGGUCUUCGGGUUGUGCUGGCUGCCCUUGCUCACCUUCAACCUCAUCCUCAUCAAUGCCAUUGAUGCCUAUUAUCUUAGCCUUGUCCAGCCUUGCCACUGGUUUGCUAUGAGCUCUGCCUGGUACAACCCCUUCAUAUAUGGCUGGCUGCACAAUAGCUUUAGGGAGGAGCUAAAGAAGUUAUUGGUCUGGCACAGGAAAGUGGCUCCUUAUGGGCAAAGCAUGACAGUGAGUGUUGUCAUCUGACCUGCCGCCCAGUAGCUCCUCUUGCAGGGUCACUGACCUACACUGAGCUCCCAUGGUAUAUUGGCUCAAGUUGCAAACAAAAACAAUAAGAUGUGCCAUCCGAAUGGCUCCAAUCCUGCGCCAGGCACAACUUGCCUGAUUCCACUUUGAAAGCUAUGGACAUCAAUUCUGUUUAAAGAACAUAUGUCUCUAGGUCAGACUUGUUCUCUGCAGACUGUUUCUUUGGAGGGGCUAGCCCAGGAGAGCAGGACUGGGGUGUAUGUGUGUGUGUGAGAGUGAAUGAAUUCAUUUUUUAGUCUUGUUACUUAAAAUACAUUAAACACAUUCAUAGAUAUUUGUUUUGAAAGUCAGUGGAAACUGUUUUCCCCUUCCUACCUCCUUUCCUGGUUUAAUCUGGGUUAUAGUCUAUAAAGGAAAUUGGAUGCAAGGGACAUUUAGUGAUGUGUUUCAAGAGUUCCCUGAAAAGAAGAUUCAGUAAAUAAGGAGAGAUGCCCACUCUGAGAGAUGCUGUGUAUCUGCAGCUCCACUGUAGAUGCUCAGAGCCUUCCAGAACUUGGUGUAUACCAUUAUACAAUUGGUGAUGACUAUAUUGGGUGUGUCCCUAUAGAUCUUUUUUAAAAAAAAUCUGGAAAUGUUAGUGGUCAACACAUUUUCCUAUUUUGUGCAAUUAGAAAGACUCCUUUGUAAUCUUCAAGAGAUUUUAUAUUCUCUGUCUGGUUUUGGUUUUAAAAUAAUAAAACUAUCAGUACCCUAAAUGGCCCUGCUGUAGGUAAGAACAGAGAAGAUGAACAAUGAAGGCCGGGGGGAAGGGUGGAAGGAAAUGAUAUAAAAGAGAGCAAUGCUGUCCUUGGUGGAGCUCCCAAUUAAGCCAUCUGAUGUAGAACAUCUUUCAUGGACUAUAUUCUGCAGCUAGAUGUGCAGUGUUACACAGAUGUGCCCAGCUGUGAUACAUGUUUCAUUUCAUAUUUUAGCAACCCAGAAAAGUGGAGCAAGGACUGACACAUGAAAUGUACAAACCAAACAGCACCAACAAAAAGAUGAAUAAAAGACACCUUUAAAAAGAGCAUAUGGUGAAAAGUAAAGAGAGAUGCUUCUAUUUGGGUUCACCCCCAUCUUAUUAGAAAUUUACAGACAUAAAUAUUGAAGUCUAUAGCUGGAGCAACUGUUCCUCAUGACCAGCUGUUGAAAUUACACCAUGUGUCAUUAUCAACACAAGCCUGUCUCUCCAUCUAUCUAGGUUCCUAUCAUAUUCCCCGUCACCACAGUGUCUGAGCAUCUAUGGUGAUUAGCAUAAUAAUUUUUUAGCAGACAGCAGCAGGAAGUUAUUGUGAAUUAAUGAAUAUGCAAGGAGUCAGAAUAUGCAGGAUAGCAAUGGGAAACUUAAAUCACAUUCACUCCCUGAUCAGGCUCUUUAUUUUCAUGGCUGCGUAAUAGGAUAUCACUUUUGGUUGGGAACAGAUGGACACAGUGCCUUAGCCAACACUGAAUGUCUAGGCACAUAGCAGCCACAUGCUUUCUGAGGUUUUUGUGUUUUUUGCAACAGAUGAUUUAAACAUUUGUCAACACAUUUUGUUGGGUGGAACAUAGUGCUCACCAAAGGUGCUGAAUUCUGAGUACUGGAGACUCAAGUCUUAUUUCUCAAACAGGUCCAGCAAAGGUUAGGGCACUGGGCAUCUGGCAUGGAAUAUCUGGCCUGUAUUGACAGCUCUGCCUCUAACCUGCUGGGCAAGUCACUUUCACCUCUGCAUCUGUUUUCUCCCUAUCUAAAACAACUUCCUGUCCUCUUUAAGAUCUAAGGAUAAAGAGUGUAGUAGUCGUAUUCUCGGCUCCUUAGAGCUAAGAUCAAGUGUAAGUAGUUUCUCAGCCUAUCAAAGGCUGUGAUCAUGUGUCUUGAUGUUUUUGGUCUUUUGGCCCUGAGAUGAAAGCCUUGUCCGUGUCUCUGGGACCGAGAAGUACAAACAUUAUCUUCUUAGUUCAGUCCGCAGGUCCCUACCAAUACUUGACCUCAUGCUGAGUCUGCCUCCAAAGGUCCAAAUUAGUGUCAGUUGCAAUGGUGCUUUUUAGUACACCUGUCCACUGGGAACUUGUCUGAGACCACCAAUUUAUUUGGCAUAUGCUACUGAAGAGUGAUCAGAGUAUUAACUCCAGACUCCCUUGCCCCUUUUAGAUAUGUACCAUUGAACUGGAGGUGAAAGAGUCCAUACCCCAUCACUAAUUCCCUGUGUAUUCUUUUCCCUAGUCUGUCUUUUUUUUUCUUAAUUAAGCAGUAAUCUCUGUUAGGGCAUGAAUUGUCAUCUCAUUCACAUUGAAUGUGUUUGCUCUUUUAUCUAGGUGUGAAUUAGUACAACAGGCAUCUAAAACUCUUUGUGGGUUUAUAAACUGUAAUUUAAAUAUGGGAAUUGUUAAUUAACAGAAGACGCAGAUUGUGAGCUGUAUCUGAAAUCAACAAGGCUGGAUUUGUCACUCUUACAGGAUGCAUGGAUCCCAUGAUUUUCAUGCUUUUUAAAAUAAAAAAGA